ACUCGUAGCCACUGAAAUUUGUGAACGCCCUCUGAUUCGAUAUCCACACCUUCUAUCCACCAUCCACCCACGCCCCCAAGAAACAACAGCCAAGAAGGCCCCUUGCAGCGGCGGCAACACUGAAGCAACCAAAAUCUUACAGCGGCGGCAGCCAUGGCGUCGUUAGGAGCUAACAGCCAUGGCCGAGUCCUGCACACCUGCACACUCUCCCCAAAGCCGGUUACAGCUUUGAGCAGAAGCAUGGCGGCCAUUCCUGGACACCAUGUUUUUCAGUCUCCACGAGCUCGGAUUGCAGUGCGAGCUAGCACCGAGCGUGCGACCUGGCUGCCUGGGCUCGAUCCACCUCCUCACCUCGACGGCACAUUACCUGGCGAUUUCGGAUUUGAUCCCCUGGGUCUCGGGGAGGAACCGGCAAACUUGAAAUGGUAUGUUCAAGCCGAACUUGUGCACUGCCGGUUUGCGAUGGCAGGGGUUGCUGGCAUCCUUGCGACUGAUUUGAUACGUGUAUCAGGAAUCAACAACCUGCCAGUGUGGUUUGAAGCAGGUGCAACAAAAUUCGACUUCGCUAACACCACGGCACUCUUCUUUGUCCAGCUUCUCUUGAUGGGAUUUGCUGAAACCAAGAGGUACAUGGACUUUAUCAAUCCAGGAUCACAAGCAGAGGAAGGAACAUUCCUUGGUAUCGAGGCUGCACUUGCAGGUUCACAGCCAGGCUACCCUGGGGGUCCACUGUUUAAUCCACUAGGACUGGCCAAGGAUAUAGAGAAUGCAGAUGAAGCGAAACUGAAAGAAAUCAAGAAUGGGAGGUUGGCUAUGGUUGCUAUGCUUGGGUUUAUUGUGCAAGCAUCUGUGACUCAUGUUGGACCAAUCGACAAUCUUUUGACACAUCUUUCAGACCCGUUCAACAAAAAUAUCAUCCACACCCUCUCCUCUUCUUGAAAAUAUCCUGGACCGUCAAACUUUUUGUUCCUUUCUUCAUCUUAAUUAAUCUAUCAAUCAACACAUUCACAAUGUUCGUGGACAACAUAAGUAACUCACUACGCAAUUGCCAAGUCCAUGUGUUAUGAAAAUGGAGAUUCACCGGAUGCAUAACUACAUUAAUUGUUUAUGGAAAAGGAAAUUUCCUUCCCUAGCAA